AUGUCAGACCUGAUUGAGCCCGAUUACGAAGCGGCAGCAGACAGCAGAGAUCUGGAAACCGGAGGUAUUGCAGUGGGCUUGGGCCAGGAUACCCGUGGAACUUUGGACGAGUCAAUUGCAGCGACUCUCAAGCGAGACGUAACGCAGAUCAACAGUCGACUCAAGCAGGUUGUGUACCCACAUUUCCCGUUCGGCAAUGCGGCGGUGCAGACUGAAACUGGCGAAACAUUGAGUGGUAGUACAUCGGAUUCCGCCGAUCUAUGGGCGCCGCUUUGUUUCUCGAUAUUGUACGCGCUCGCGUUGUCACGCGGCAAAUCCCUUUUUUCCAGUAUCUUCGUGCUCGCGUGGGCUGCUUUGCUCGCCAUGGGUAUACAUUUGAAAGUCUCGAAAGGACGCGUCGCAGCCCAAAACUCGCUUUUUGCCAACAUUUCCGGCUGCGGUUACUGUAUCUUCCCACAAGUGCUUUGUGUGGUCUUGAGCAUAUACCUGUAUCCGGUCGUCGCGCGCCCACUACCCAUUUCCGGCGCACGCUCUUUUGUUGUCACGUUUCUGCGACUUGUCACGUUCGCGCUCUGUUCCGUAUGGUCUUGCAAAGCAGCUUUCGUCGUAACUGGGGCCCAGGAUGCCGUAGAGCGGUAUCCUCUAAUCCUGAUCCUAGCAGGGUUGGCUUGGCUUCCGGUUGUACUUUAG